AGGAGGUGCAUGUGAUGGGUUCCCAGGGAUCUGCCACCUCACUGCGUUUAGGAUGGAAGCCGAAGGGUGGAAGACCACGAGCAAAAGGUGAAAAGCAAGUGGUGGCAGAAGCAGGACCUGACAGUCACAUGGGUUCCCUCUAUUUUAGAAGAUCCCUGCUGAAAGGAUCCAGAAGCCGUGAAUGGGUCAACUGUGUGGACGAUGCAUGCAGCUGCUGCGGGACUUUGUGGCCUUUGUUCAGAGGAUGUCGUCCGACUUGGUGCACAGCAUCAAGGAAUGCGUAACUCUGAUAAGCAAAUGCUCCUGCUUAAAACAAAACAGCUCUAAAGCCAGACAGCUGUACAAGCCUAUCCUGCAGCCUCAUGAGAGGGUGACAGCACAGGAGUUUCUGCAGCAUAUUGAAACAGGUUUUGAAAUGUCACCACUUGGAAAGGACCCUCUGGAAGCCUUGAGGACCUUAGCCUUUUCAGAAAACCCAGGUUUACAGCAGUCUGCUGCCCUCUAUUACUUGCACAUGAGUCAGCACAUGAAUGUCCCCCUACCUGUGGAGCAUCUGGAACCCUUCUAUGCCUUACUACGGUCUGCUGACCUGGAGGUGCAGCAGAUGUCUUCCUUGUCCCUUGUCAACUUCUUGCUGGAAGGAAAUACUGACAAAGAAUUAGUUGUCCAAAUGGGAUUACUUGAGCCAAUUCUGGAUCUGCUUGAAUCAGAGGAUCCCACUGUCCAGUGUAAUUCCUGUGCCUGUACCAUGACUUUGGCCGUUUCAGAGUCCAACCGAGAGGCUAUUGGCGCUGCUCAAGGAGUUACACCCCUGCUGUCUCUUGCCAAUUCCUACGAUCCUAGAGUCCAACAAAAUGCAGUUGGUGCUAUUCUCAACCUCACACAAUCAGAGAAAAUCCAACAGGUCCUAUGCAAGAAAGGAGCCCUACCAGUUCUUGCCUUGCUGCUGGAAUCUCCUGACUCAGAAGUGCAGUAUUACAGCUGUGCUGCCCUAAGCAACAUGGCAGCCAAUAUUCAGCACCAUGAAGCCAUGCUGAGACCCGGUAACAGAUUCCUGCUGCGGACACUCAUCUCUCUCCUAUCCUCCUCUGUGGACAAGGUUUCAAGCCAGGCAUGUGUUUGCCUAAGAAAUUUGGCUACCAGUGCGGACAUCCGGGCCGAGAUGGUUGCUGAGGACGUCCUGCCCAAGCUGCGCUCUCUCCUGGCAUCUGGCAGCGAGGAUGUGCGUCGCGCUUCCAUCGCUCUGCUCUGGAUACUGUCCCAGCACCCGCACAACCAGGACACUCUGGCAUGUGCCGAGCUACUACAGAGCCUGGGGAUGCUACUGUCAGCGCAUAAAACAGACCCUGUGAUUGUUGGCCAUACUGCUUGUAUCAUCAAAAACCUGAGCCUUUCCAAAAACAGACAGAGAAUCAUUGAGAGCCUAUGUGUUGAAGGUCUCCUCCAGACCAUGCUUUCUACUGACAUUCAAGAAGACUGUCUUCACUGUGUGACAUCUUGCCUUGCUGAGCUGGCAAAGCAAGAAGGAGCCACGUUAUGCAUGGUCCAACAGAUGGAUGAACCCUUGACAAAGCGCUUGGUGAGACUGGCUGGCCAACUGGAACAUACUGAGGCAUCCUUUCAAGCUGCCUCCAUCAUCCAGCACAUGACAGGUCACGAAAAAAUGAUGCUUUUGGUGAAGCGUCACAUUGGAGAGAUUCAGGCCUACCUCAAGAAUUUUCUUACCCACCAAGAGAUCCGCUUUCAGCAGCUGGGCAUCUCUACGUUCUGCAGACUGCAGGAAGAUCCAGAAUUUUCAUUAGCAUUCAGAAAAAGCCAAAUGGCCAAACUCCUUGAGCAAGUCCGUCAACAAACAGAAGAAACUCAGGAGCUCCUUAGGGCAGCUGUUUGCCAUGAAGACAGUUAAUGUUCAAGCUGGAUGGCUUAUGAAAACUUACCAGAUCCAAGAGCCUGAACUUUCAGAGAAGACAACUCUUUUCAUUGGUUUCUGUAGUUAAAGCUUCCCUGCGACCUGCAGUUUCAUCAUAUACAAGAGAUGUUCCGGUAACAAGAACUGGAGCAGGUCAAAAGACAAUCGCUUGGACACUUUGGCUGGCUGCUUGAGUAUGCUUGAGGACUACAGCUACAUUCCUCCCAACCGUUUGGAAAACACCUGUUAUGCUUGGGUAAUCUUCCAUGGUUUGUUUCUGGCUUCCUCAACCCCCCCUCCAAAAAAACAGCGCUGUAUUCGUGAGGUUUUAUUCAUGUAACAGGCCGAUUCUACUGAAGAGGCAUCUCUCGAGUAGGCAGGUUACUCCGCGUUCAUCUUUAUUUUGUUUCUGCUCCACAUCCCUUAUUUCAGAGCACGCUCCAGGGCCUCGACUUUAGAAAAUAAUCAAAUUAGCACAGUAUAAAGGUAGCAAACUACUAACAGGUUACUACAGGAAGUAACUGCUAAGGGACAACUCGGAAAUUGCAAGAAGUUGGUAAGAAACAAGAAUAGGGCAAGCCUUAAGGCUGAUCCUUGCCUACGCUGUAGGCACUACUCUCCAGCAGAAGAGCAAAGGCACACCGAGGCGGGUAAAUGUUGCAUAGAGCACGUUCAGAAUAUAGCGGCUACCAUGAAAGAUUUGGGCGAGAUGUGUUUGAACACAGAAAUCUGUGUUCUGCAAAUGGUAAGUUAUUUCCAAAGGUACUUGCAACAGGGGAAAAAAGUGAACAUAUUUUGCAAAAUUAGGACCUGAUCUUCUAUUUUGAUAUUGAUAUUUCAUUUUAAAAGGAUUUAAAGAAAAAAAAGCAGUAAUAUGUUUAAAUUCAACUGAUUUUCUUACAUGUAUACAGGAUACCGAACAACCUCCCCCUUCCCUCUCCUCCAGAGGGAAAGAGUCUGUCUCACAGACUUUUUAGCCAAUCAAAACAGUAUUUUUCAGGAAAAAUGUAGCACAGAGCCUUGAAAUUAUGGGGCACUAGUUUUUUAAUGUAGGUUUUAAUUUGUAAAAGAAAAGUAAUCUAAAAAUAAAUCAUCAUCAUCAUCUAUUAGUAAUCCAAUUCCACCUUUGAUCAAUACACUUGUUUUUAAGUAUAAGAAUCCUCCUGGAGCUUCAUGUUGAACUGGCUGGAAUACUGAAAUCUUGGAACCACUCUUAUGGCAAACAUCUGCUCCCAGAUAGCACAGUUUCUUACGAAAACAUUUCAGAAGAGUUUCCUGUCUUUUGAGGUACUUCUGACCAUGGUAUAACUCUUAGAUGCAUGUAGAGCUUUAGAGCUGCUACUGGCUACAAACAUGGAAUAAAAGCAAGAUUAAAAAAUAAGAACAACAAAAAAAAUCAUUCUGUCAACUAAGAGCUCAACAUUACACUUUACUGUGUCCCAAAUCUCUAAGCUUACUUCUGGUGCCUGGGAGAGACAUUUCUGUUAAUGAUUCCUUUUAAUAACUGCAAGUUCUCUCCAAUAGUACUGUUUAAAAAAAACCACCAAACCAACCCAAAACAACCAAAACCACACUCAAAAGCCUCUCUGCAGCGCAGUAAAAAGAACAGGGCAGACAGAGACUUCAGAUAAAGCAGUACGGCAUUUUCAGUGUUUGCGUGCGACAGGAAUUUUCUUUUGAAAUCUCAUGUGAGAGACCCAUGUGCUCAGCUGUGGGCAGUCAGGCUUACUAAAACAGAGGACUAUGAAGAGCUGAAUGACACAGCUAGGAACAAAAUCUCAAAACUCAGGCCACCUCCUUGGGUGACUUUAGAUCAUUUUCCAAAAAGAAAAUCAGUGCAAUAUUAAGUAAUGCCAUUAGAAUCUGUCCUGUAUCUGUAUUCUUAAGUAUUUAAUUGCAAACAUUAUUUCAAGGUCUUGGCAAGAAAGAAAAUAACAAAGCAUUCUUCAUCAGGAAUGAGGAGAUAAGAGACAUGUGAAACAAGCAAAGCUAACGGUAAAUAACCCAGCAGUUGUGAUGUACUGAAUAAACUCGCUGAAUGUCAUCCCUGUAAGCAUUUAUGUUGUGCUGUUGAGACGUGAGCGAGGAGCCGAGACUUUCCAAAGCACAGAGUCGAGCUGCUGUGAAGGUUACUACUCCGUACCUUCAGAACAGCUGUCUGCGACUUCUACAAGUGCUAGUUCUACCUCACCAAAUAGUUAAGUGUUGCCUCCGAAAGAACAAACAACAAAAACAGUUGCAAUAAUGGGCAAAGGAGCUGGCCUUCUUUUGAUACCGCAUUUUAUUGUCAGGAACAACGUUCAACAGAAGAAAAACUAUUUUUCCCCGCAUUUGAAGAAAGGGGCUUAACCGAAGACUUAAAAUUUCAAUCCUUUUCAUUUUUUAGGGUGGUUUUUUUUUUUUUUGAUUCAUACACCUAGUUCUACUCCCAGUUCCCUAGCUUUUAGUUUGUGUGUCAGGCCCUUGAAAAGGAGAAAACUCGCUCGCUCUUAUUUGAAGCAAACCUGGAAUGAAUAUCAUUAUAAAUUGUUUUUACUGCAGUGCUGUUCAAAAAAACCCCCAAACACAACACACGAGAAAUGAAGCAGGCUCUUCAUCUGUGCUGCAAACAGUGAAGCAAGCAUUCUGAAGUCUCACAAAAAAAAGAGACCAGCAUAAUUUAUACCUGAGCCUAAAUAGAUCAAGAUCAACAUAAUUUAAACCUGAGCCUAAGUGAAUCCUCAAACUUAAAAUUGAAGCUAAAUCUUACUGGCUAUUUGUUUGCUCUGUUUCUAGCUGCAAGUGACUCCGUACUGAUUUUCUGGUAAAGAGAUUAGAGGAAACCUAAAGAAAAG